UGGAUCGAUCCUUUCUUGGUAUAAAUAUUCAGUACAUGUAUCAAGAUUCUAUAGUUUUACAAACUCUGGCAGUUAAAGAGUUAACAGAACGCCACACAGGUGACUACAUAAGUAAUAUAAUAUUGGAAUUAUGUAAUUCCUUCGAAAUAAAACCAAGUCAGAUUUAUACCAUUACAACGGAUAAUGGUUCUAAUAUGAUUAAGGCCAUUAAAUCGUUGGCAACAAGUAACGGAGACUUGGAAAUUGUUGAAAUGGAUGAAGAUGAAGCUCAAGAUUUGGAAAUAGACGAUGAAGCACAAGAAUCCUUACUAAAUUCAUUUCCUGAUGAUGAUAUACUCAAUUUAACUAAUCUUUUGCAACCACAAGAAGGUGAUCCGUUUCCAUCCCAUUUAAACUACCAUGUAUUUAUUACGGGUAUGCGUUGUGCGGCUCAUACCCUUCAACUUGCAGUAGAAGGAGCAUUAAGUAAAGAUAAAUCUGUAGCUGCCUUAAUUCUAAAAGCAAGGCACAUAAUUAAAAAACUUAGAACUCAAACAUAUUUGUAUAUGAUUAAAAAACAGAAUUUAAAAAAACCUGUAAUUGACUGUGUAACAAGAUGGGGGUCAACUAUGAAGAUGUUGGAAAGUUUGCUAGAUUUAAAAGAAUUUUGCUUGGAAAUGUCAAUUACAUCAAGUGAUAAAUUUGAAAAUUUUUCCGAAUUAGAGUGGACAAAAGUUAAUCAUAUUUGCCAAGCAUUGCUACCUGCCUAUAUAUGUACAAAAAAGCUCCAACGUGAGCAACUCACACUAAGCGACUUUUAUGGUUAUUGGCUUGAAUGUAAAAUGGAAACCAAUAAAAUUAACUCAACUUUUUCAAAUAUAAUAGUGUCUAAUAUGAAUGUUCGUGAAAAAGAUCUGCUUGGAAAUAACGUAAUUUUAGCUGCUAUUUUCCUUGACCCUAGAUAUAAAAUUAUGUUAGAUAAGGAGCAAUGCAAAAAAGCAAAGAGUCACUUGAAGGAAGUAUGGUAUCAUUUGCUUAUGUAUAAGGAAGCUAUUGUUCCUUCAAUAGCUGCAGAAAGUUCAACUGACACUGACACGUCGGCGGUUGAUGAUUUCGAGGAACUAUUAAAGGAAAAGGAAAGGCAAGUUGCUGUACGAAAGUCACUGCAUCCUACGAGUAUUAAAUCAGGCGGAUCCAAAUCAGUACAAGAGGAACAACAAAAACCAAUUGAUUGUCUUCUAAACAAUUACGAAUGCGAGCAACCUAGAAUAAACAGGAAGAGUGAUGUGUUGAAAUUUUGGAGUAUGAAUAAACACUCGCAUCCUGAAUUGUACAUUUUGGCACAUAUUGUACUUGCAUUUCCUGCAACGCAGAAACAAGGUUAA